AUGAUGUAUUACGGAGUUCCAUUAGCGGUUAGAGACAUAAAAGUGAACAUCUAUUUGAGCGAAGCCCUAAACGCAUUGGUGGAGUUACCUACGUUUGUUAUCACACCGAUCUUGCUGAGAAAGUUCAACAGAAGAAGCUCUGUGCUUGUGAAUUGCUUACUCGGAGGAGCAUUAGGAGUGCUCUGUUUCAUGUUCCCAACAUGCGUGAGGAACUUCGCGACAACGAUGCUUAGACAAGCGCUUGUGCUUGGAGGAGCUUGUUGUCCAUCAUUGCUUCAGUUGGAAGAAAUGUUCCGUCGCUCUCUUUCGCGGUUUUCGGGUCUGCUUUGGCCGGUCUCGGUUUAUUUGUUUUGCUCCUUCCUGAGACCAAAGGGUCAAGUCUUUGUGAUACACUCGAAGCACAAGAGCAUAGAGACCAAGCCUUGA